AUGUUAAAACCUACACACAUCAACAGCGUUGUCAUGUCACCCCUCAAGAACGUCGCUAUCCUUGGUGGUACUGGAUCUCUGGGAGAGGUUCUCAUUCCCGCCCUGCUCAACGCUGACUUCAACGUCACCUGCAUUACCCGUCCCGGCAGCUCAGCCGUUCUCCCAGCCAAUGUUACCAAAAAGAUAGCCGACUACGCUGACAGCGAGGCCCUUACCGAUGCUCUAAGAAACCAGGAUGUUCUAGUUGAGGCCUUCAAUCCUGCAGCCGCCAUUCAUCAGGAGGUGAUUGUCCGCUCGGCUCUCAAAGCCGGCAUCAAACACAUCAUCACUCCUGACUUUAGUGGUGACACUUUCCACCCUCAUAUUGGAGAGCUCCUCAUCUUUGAACCCAAGCUGCGUGCCAAGCGCGAGUUUGAAAAGAUCAUUGCUGAGUCCGAGGGUCGACUAUCUUGGACGUCUAUUAUCGUCGGGCCAUGGCUUGACUGGACUAUUGAAACUGGCAUCUUUUGGAUCAACAAGGAGCAGAAGAAGAUUUUCCGCUAUGGAUCUGGCGAUCAAAAGUGCAGUAUGAGCAGACGGGCACUGAAUGGCGAGGCUCUAGUUGUAAUCUUGCAAAACCCGGACAAGUACCAGAACCGACCUGCGUACUUUGCAAGCCACACCCUCUCAACCAACGAACUCAUCAAUAUCAUCAAGGACCUGGGUCUUGAAGGGUGGUCGGUCACCGAUUUGCCGAUUGGGGGACUCUACCAAGAGGCGCUCAAGCUCUGGGAGGAGGACACGGCGAACGGGGUUGAGAAUAGGCUCGGCUCCAAGGCAUAUCCGAUGCUUUCAACUGUGGCGCUUCUGGAUGAAAACAACCGCUAUGGGUCCAACUUUAGUGACAAGGUUGAGCCUGGUUGGGAUGAGGGUGAAGAUGCUUUGAAGGAAUCACUGAAGAAGUUGCUUGAGGAGCUUCUUGCCCCAAUCUGCCUCGGGCUAUCCCAGGCAAAGCCUGUUGACAACCAUCUCAACGCCCGAGCAGACACGAUCAAAUGGAAAAAUUGUGUCCUCAGCAAGAACCAGACUCUUCCCAGACAAUGUGUCAAGCUCAAGGUCCCCCUCGACUACACCGACCCAGACAACAAGAAGGAAGUCGCCCUCGACCUCACAAAGAUCGAGGCGCUCAAGAAACCUUCGAAAGGCUCCAUCCUCAUCAACUUUGGAGGUCCCGGAGAACUUGCACGCGCCAGUCUCACGUCAAACUCGGCAGCCUUGAUAUUGCUGGGCCUGACUGGAGGUGAAUACGACCUUAUCGGCUUUGAUCCGCGUGGAACUGGAGAUACACUCACCUUCUCAUGCUUUGCCACAGACUUGGAGAGGAUACACUUCGGAAGUGGCCCGUCCAAACCCGUUGCUGGCGCGUUUCCUCUCGCAAGAGGCCAAAACUGGGCCUCCAGUGAGAUCUUUGCCGAGACAUGCGCCCUCAAACAGAACAAGACCGGUCAAUUCCUCGGCACAUCUUUCGUCGCUCGGGAUAUGAUGCGGAUCGUUGAUGCUUUAGACGAGGACGGUAUGCUGCGCUACUGGGGAAUGUCUUAUGGCACCUAUCUUGGCGCCGUGGUAGCCAACAUGUUUCCUGACAAGAUUGACAAGAUGAUGCUUGACGCUGUUGUCAAUCCCUUUGACUGGCGCAUCAACCAUGACUUUGAGUUUCUUAUAGAUACAGAUGCGACAUUUAGCAGAUUCUGUCAAGAAUGCGUCGAAGCACGGGACAUCUGUCCUCUCGCUGGCAAACUAAACGCCAACGAGCUCGAGAAGAAGCUAUACAAGUUUUUUGACGAUCUUCGACUCGAACCCAUCGUGUUCCAGGGCACAAUAAUCGACUACAGGUGGAUCAAGGUGUUGCUAUAUUCUAACCUCAAACUGCCCGAGACAUGGCGGAUAAUGUCGAGGCUCCUUGAUGCCAUGCUGAAGCGCGACCCGGAGCUGCUUGAGGCGGCGCUAACUGCAAUGUCGGAAGGUGGCGGCGGGGGCAGUAGCGGCAUUACCAAGGAGUCUCUUUGGGGUAUUCGCUGCAGCGAUAUGACCAGGCAGACUGAUGGUAUUCACGACAUCAUUCCUAUACUGAACAAGCGGUGGGAUACAAGCAGAUUCGCCGCCGACACUAUUGAAGACGUCGUCAUGCGAUGCUCGAGGUGGAAACUCCCAGCCAAGGAACGAUACGAGGGCGACUUCAAGGCCAAGACGAAGAACCCGGUGCUCGUUAUCGGACAGACUGCUGACCCCAUUACUCCCCUGGCGUCAGCGCGUAACCUCACCGGGACCCUUGAGGGCAGCUUGCUUCUCGAGUUUGACAUCCCCGGCCAUUCAAUUCUCCGCCGAAGCUCUGAGUGUGUUAUCAAGGCUACCGCGGCUUACUGGAGUGAGGGCAAGCUUCCCAAGAAUAACACGGUCUGCAAGUCCGAGGUUGAGCCUUUUUCGACCGACUCAGGCUGGCCUGAGAUGAUCGAGGAGCUUGGCAUGGGCCCCAAGAAAUAG